CAUAAUACUCACUCUUCCUUUUUCUUCUGCAAUUCACAAAUCAUGGCUCCGGUUCAAAUUUUUUUGUCUGAUGUCACUCUCAACCUCAAACGCAAUGAAGCACUGUUACUACGUGUAGUGCGUAAGUGGGUUGUUCAAUACGAGGAAAACAGAUUCAUGGAAUUGGUGUUAGUCGAUGAGAAGCGCAUGCGUAUUCAAGCAUCAAUAUCUCAAACAGAAAUCCCACUCUUUGAUGAUCUGUUGGAAGAAGGUGGGUUGUAUGCAAUGUUGAGCUUCACUGUCAAGUCAAAUAAUGGAAAGUGGAGACCUACAUCACACCGUUUCAAGCUUCAAUUCAAUGAAACAACUAAAGUAUUGCGUCAGGAUCUGCAACAGCAUCAGGACUUUCCCCGAGAAAUUUACAAUUUUACAUGUUUCAAUGAUAUUCACAACUAUCCUGAUGUGGCUGCUCCAGAUCUCAUCGAUGUUAUUGGUGCGUACAAUCCCCUGGACAAAUUCAAGAAGCUUCACACAGAUUCAGGAUCAACAUACACCAGCUUUUAUAUUCGUGAUAUCGAAAAUAAGAGGCUCUUUUGUACUCUAUAGAAUGUGUACGUUGACCAGUUUGAGGCAUAUUUAUCUGAACCAAGAUCAAGCCCGGUGGUUAUUUUGCUGCAGCUGUGCCGUAUCAAUCCAAAAUAUGGUGGAUGUUCCACAAAAGGAGUAGCUACAUCUUUCCAUGUGACAAAACUUCUUCUUGAUGCACAAGUUCCAGAUAUAGAAGAUUUCCGUGUGAGGCAUCCGACAACCGUACGCCAGAAAAAGUUGAUGAGAUUAAAAUGUAUUACGAUUGUCGGUAUAUCUCUGCGUGUGAAGCGGCUUGGAGAAUAUUUGGAUUCCACAUUCAUUACAGGGACGUCGCGGUUGAACGUCUAAGCUUUCAUCUCCCGAACCAACAUCACGUCUACUACAAUCCUGAACAAUCUGUCACUUCCGUGCUUGGACGUCCUACUAUCCACGCUACUAAGUUUUUAGCUUGGAUGCAUGCAAAUAAUGUGUAUCCUCAAGCUAGGAACUUAACUUAUGCUGAAUUUCCUACAAAGUUCACCUGGAAAAACAAUACAAGAGAGUGGGUACCACGACAAAGAGGCACCGCAAUUGGAAGACUAUAUUUCAUGCGCCCAGGAGCAGGGGAGAAAUAUUAUUUGAGGAUGCUCCUUGGUGUCGUGAAGGGUGCAAGGAGUUUUGAAGAACUCAGGACAGUUGAUGGAGUCAUACACUCGACGUUUAGAGAAGCUUGCUCUGCCCGUAAUAUGUUAAAUGACGAUAAAGACUAUAUAGAUGGACUUAUAGAACAAAGCCAUUGGGCAACAGCGCAUGAACUUCGCAUCACAUUUGUUCAUCUUUUACUACAAGAGUCAUUAUCUAUGCCCAGUAUGGUUUGGGAGAAGUGUUGGUCCUAUCUAUCUGAUGAUAUACUCUACACUAUUAGGAAGAACCUCAAUGAUCAAGAAUUGCAGCUGGAUGAGAAGCAAAUAAAGAAUUAUUGUUUGUUGGAAGUUGAAAAACUUCUACAACAUCGUGGAAAGUCUCUAUUCUACUAUGACGGAAUGCCUCGAGUAACGGAUCUUGACAUCCCCUCUCUUGAUGAUGUUUUGAUACACGAGGAAUUGAGAUAUGACAAACAUGCUUUGGCCGAGGAACAUGCUAGAUUAAUUUCCGCGUUGACAGAGGAUCAAAAGCGUGUUUACGAGACAAUAGUGAGUUCUGUGGAGGCCAACCGUGGCGGUGUGUUCUUCUUAUAUGGACACGGUGGUACAGGGAAAACAUAUCUGUGGAAGACCUUAUCAGCAUAUAUAAGACAUCAAGGAAAUAUUGUGUUGAACGUAGCUUCAAGUGCGAUCGCAUCAUUGCUCCUUCCUGGUGGAAGAACGGCACAUUCCAGGUUUAAAAUCCCACUCACAGCAGCGGAAGAUUCAACUUGCAAUAUAAAGCCAGGAAGUGCCCUUGCGAAGCUAAUUCAAAUGACGAAAUUGAUAAUUUGGGACGAGGCACCUAUGACUAAUAAGUACUGCUAUGAAGCUCUUGAUAGAACUAUGCGGGAUAUUCUUCGACAUUCAUAUGGUUGUGAUGGGAGCAAACCUUUUGGUGCAAAAACAAUUGUCUUUGGCGGAGACUUUAGACAGAUUCUACCGGUAAUUCCAAAGGGUAGCAGGCAAGAUAUUGUGCAAGCGACUUUAAACUCAUCCUUCCUUUGGCCGUUUUGCAAGGUACUAAGGCUAACGAAGAACAUGAGAGUGCGGAGUGGAUCAGACGAUCUUAAUUCUGCAAACAUACAAUGGUUCAUUGAUUGGAUUUUAAAGAUAGGGGACGGGGUUCUAGGUGACAAUGAGGAUGGAGAAUCAUAUAUUCACAUACCUGAAGAAUUCCUCGUGCCUUGGAUUUCUGAUCCAGUUACUUCUAUUGUCCAAAGUACAUAUCCCGAUUUCUUGACACAUUGCACAUCGCCAUCAUAUUUAAUGUCAAGAGCAAUACUUGCGCCAACAGUUGACGAGGUGGAUAAGGUUAAUGAUUACAUGCUCGCACAACUACCAUCAGAAAUGAAGACAUAUUUCAGCUCUGAUUCUGCAUCAUUGUCUGAUUCUGAUAGUAGUUUGUUGCAAGAGAUCCAUUCUCCAGAAUACCUUAAUGGAAUCAAAUGUUCCGGAGUACCUAGCCAUGAGCUCAAAUUAAAAGUGGGUGCCCCUGUGAUGCUUAUGAGGAAUCUUGAUCAAUCAUUGGGUUUGUGUAAUGGCACUCGACUUUUAGUGACCCGACUUGGAAAAAAUGUUAUUGAGGCCCAAAUGUUGUCAGGGCCAACUGCCGGCCAAAAGCAUUUCAUUCCCCGUCUUACCUUGACUCCUUCUGAUGUCAAACUGCCAUUCACCUUUCAGCGUAGGCAAUUUCCUCUUAUGGUUAGUUAUGCGAUGACUAUAAAUAAGAGUCAGGGUCAGUCAUUGGAAAAUGUUGGGAUAUUCUUACGGCGACCGGUUUUUAGCCAUGGGCAGCUUUACGUUGCUGUAUCAAGAGUCACGAGUCCAGCUGGUUUGAAGUUUUUGAUAUGUGAUGAUAAUGGUAGACCGACAAACUCCACAUUAAAUGUUGUAUACAAAGAGGUCUUUACCAAUUUGUAGUUUUACAUUUUGCCUUGAAUAAAUUUGAGAACAUUUUAAUUUUAAUUCCAUAUUACAAUAUUAUGCACUCAUUUGUAAAAAUAAUUUAAUUA